ACAUGAGCUCGAGCGCUUGGAGUGACGUCAGUGAGAUGGAUGGAUGGAGGAAUAAGGAGUCUUUUCGCUCAGAGGUGGGAGCAAAUGUGUAGCGGGUAUAGAGUGUGCUGAGAUUGUGAAAUAACGGUAGGCUAGUGUAGAAUAUAAUUUCGUUACAUAACCCUUCAUUGAAUGCGCCGUCACUCAGUUCAUUCGCGUAUAGCCUAUCCGUUGCUCCACACAAUAUUCCAGUUUUCCGAAAACACUUGUGGCUUUCGUCAGAUCGAAAGAUACAUUCUAUUUCUCGAGAUGAUGAGAACUAAGUUCAUUUUAUCGAGUCACUAGAAGGAAAUAGCAUAUGCUUCUGUCCUUGCAUCUACUGUAUGUCCAGUAUUGACGACCCGCUGACGCGUUUUCCACCUCAACACCAGAGAAAAGAAACGAGAGAAAGAGAGGGAUCAAGGCGAUAGAGCACUAGACUCACUCUGUUUGGUUUUCGAGCCAAAGAUAUAGAAUAUUUCCACAGAGAUCCACAAGCCUCUGCAGACAUGGAGGCGGCGAGUUUGGCACACGGGGUCGCGAGCCCGCUCAGCCCGCGUGAGGGAAUGAUUAAGAACGUGAGCCUGGAGUCGCUCCAGCUGUGCGAAAGAGACGGUAAAGCUGAAGACACUGGAGUGGUAGGAAUGGAGGAGUUACCUGUUGCUCGCAACAUCAAGAUUAGUAACAUCACCUGUGACUCCUUUAAGAUCUGCUGGGAUAUGGAUCCCCACACCAAAGAGAAGAUCACACAUUACUUUAUUGACCUUAACAAGAAGGAGAACAAGAACUCUAACAAAUUCAAACACAAGGAUGUGCCUACAAAGCUUGUUGCUAAGGCAGUCCUAUUGCCCAUGACAGUGCGAGGCCAUUGGUUCCUGAGUCCACGGACAGAAUACACUGUUGCCGUGCAAACAGCUUCCAAACAGACCGACGGAGACUAUGCCGUAUCAGAAUGGAGUGACAUUGUCGAGUUUUGUACAGCAGAUUAUUCCUCUGUGCAUUUGACGCAGCUGUUGCAGAAGGCUGAAGUCAUUGCUGGCAGGAUGCUCAAGUUCUCUGUCUUUUACCGGAAUCAGCAUGAGGAAUACUUCCAGCACUGCAGAGAUGUUCUUGGCAGUCGAAUGAUGCCGUCAGUAAAGGAUAACAGCGGUAGUCAUGGUUCACCUCUCAGUGGUAAACUGGAAGGGGUCUUCUUCAGCUGCAACACAGAGUUUAACACAGGUCAGCCCCCACAGGAUUCCCCGUACGGCCGCGUCCGCUUCCAGGUGCCUGCCGAGGUUCUGUUCACCCCUGACACGCGCCUCUACUUCGGGGACUUCUACUGCAUGUAUACUGCCUAUCAUUACGUAAUCCUUGUCCUGGCUCCUCGGGGCUCGAGCGGAGACCUUUACUGCAGCGAUCGCCUUCCAGAGCUGGAUGUGACCAACAACCGCUUUCUGACACGUGUGUGCGGGGAGGAUGGGCAGGUGGUGUUUCAGCACGCGCAGGAUGUGAUUCUGGAGCUGAUUUAUACUGAGCCGGUGCCGCUGGCUCAAGGGACUGUCUCUCAGAUCAGCGGCCACCAGUUGAUGAGCUUGUCAACCAUCAACGCUAAGAAAGACCCCAGCUGCAAGACCUGCAACAUCAGUGUUGGCCGCUAACUCACACACAGACCCAACUGUACAUCUGAAGCCCUCCUGAACAACUGAACAAAUCAGACCCAUCAAAAUGGUAUGUUACAGAACCAGAUACAGAAGAACCCCAAGAAAAAUGGCCCCCACAAUCCUCCAUAUGCAGUAUGUAUGCCCAUGUGGCGCUCAAACCCCUUGGGCUUCCCAGAAACCAAGCUUAUGCUAGACAAUUCUGUGCUUGAUUAACUGAGCAUUCUAAAAUAAUAGAAAUAAAUCAAAAAUACAUUAUUGUACAGCAGAAGAAGAAAAAAACAGAAAACAGAGUAUGACAAAAAACAGAUUCAAGGCAAAAAAAAAAAAAAAGAUGGCAUAUCAAGACUAAAAAUUAAAAAAGAGUAAAAGCUACUUUUCCAAAAACUUGAACCCCACUGUGAAUCUUUCAUAUGUGUUCUUGGUGCUUUUUCUGCUCGAUAAUUAGACCCCUGUUUAUCCUCAAACCAUUUGUGACCUUUUUUUAAAAACACAAAGAUGUCUUGCCCAGUUUCCACGGAGGCCGUCAAACCCCCCUUGUUUCAUAUGUCAGACUUGUACUGCAUGGAGUCUGAUUCUUUUUAGCAUCUACAGUACAUGCCACCUCACCCUUUAAACUUUCUAAAAGGGGAUUUUCUUAUCUAACACAGAUCAUUUCCCCUUUGGCCACUUGCAUUUCUAUGUGCCUCUAUUCACCUUUGACAUGCGCCUCGGACUUCUACUGCAUGUACAGUAUACUACCUACAGUAGGCUAUUAUUACAUUAUCCAACUGGAGUUAUAUGCCAACCAGUCGUUUAAGCACCUACAUGCCACCUUAGCCUUGAAACCUCUUUUACCCUCAGUCUUUUCAUUUUCUACUCUGAUCGCAGUUCUCCUUUAACCUUUCUUACUCAUUGAACAUGGUAUUUUGAUAAUCUUGUUUCAUUAUGUUUGGUUUUUAGAGAAUGUGCGUUGCAGUAGUAAUGGUGAAUGUUGAUUCCUGAUAGAACAUCAAGAAGUAGAAUUGAUUUGUCUAAAAUAUAUCCUGAACAAAUCCAUUGCUAUGUCCAGGUUCUUGAGGGUUUGCACUGUCCUAUUAGAGGCCCUCUGGUUGUGAAAAAGAUCACAGAUGCAUGCUUAAGAUUUUGUGUUGUACUGUAUCUGAACUUGUUACUU